ACUGAUGGAAACGAUCCAACACCGACAUGGGCUCCGUCUGAUUCGUGCACAACUGAUUCAUUUGCGAAUAUCAAAGUUCCUCCGGUGCUCAAUGCAUCUGAUCAGACAUACGUCCAGCGUGAUUGUGGCAUUGCGGUAAUUUUGGACUUGGAUAGGACGUAUACCUCUGUCGACGAUUUCGCUAAUGUUCGCUUUUUUAUUCGGGACACAAUCGCCGCAUGCAUGUCGAGAGGCAUAGGCUACCGUACCUAUAUCUACCCUAUGUUUAACUCUUCAAUCCAAACAGUGUGCUGUGCAACAGAUGUGUGUAGCCAACAAAUUGGACUUAUGGACUAUUGGGACUAUGUGGUUAACUUCGAAACUUUGGCCCCUGUUCAGAAUGAAACACAACAGGCCAACUUCACUUAUUCACUUGUUGAUUUGCCUGCACGUGGUAGCUCUUCAGUUCCACAAGUCACACUUGUGCUCAAUAAGCGGAUGAAUCAAAGUGAUCAAAACUAUAGGUUAUUGAAAAUUUAUUUAGAUGAAGCAGUUUGCACAACCAAAAACAAAGUGCCUAUACAACACAAUCGUGCUGUUAACGAACAGGAUUUUUGUAACAAAUCAGACCGUGCUCGGAAAGCUUCUCCUCCUUCAGCUUUGGCUCAAUACCAUGCAGACAUCUCAAACAUCGUCAACUAUGGAUGUAUCACAUUCACGGUAAUAGCUCUUGGAAAUGUUGGAAUCAGCCAGGAGAUGAUGUUCGAUUAUUAUUCCACUUACACGCAGCGGUUAUUCGUUGUUCCUGGUUAUAAUUGCAUCACCAAUCUUGACGUAAGUGGAGCUUUAUGAUG